UUAGACAACAUUUGAUAUUGAUUCUGACAUUUAUACUAUAUAUUCUAAUCAAUUGUAUUAAUUCAACUGAUGCUAAAAUUUACUUUACACCGAAUGCAAACAAAAUACGACAAGGUUCGAAUUUAACUUUAAUUUGCACUGAUCAAGAAGAGAAGGAUGUCGAGUUCUUGGAAAUCGGAUUGAGAGCGGAAAGAAAUAGAAAUGGAAGAAUAGAAGUCAUCGAAAAGCACAAUUCUUCGUCUAUAAUAGCGAAAAAUAUCGAUACAAAUACUUUAAAUGGACAGUACAUAUAUGACUGUCUAUUUCGUAAAGUGUCUCAAGUACAUCAAAUCAUAACUGUUUAUCGUAAAUUGAAAGUAAGCAACUUUGACUGUUUCAUUACGACUGCUUAUGAGUCUCCAAUCAAAUGUGAAAUAACCCUGCCUUACACUUUAAACCGAGAAACAUAUACAUAUAGACUGCAACGGGAUGAACCGUUUCCGGAUGAAUUUCCUAUGGAUUGUGUAUAUGGAAACACAACAAUAUCAUGCCACUUUGGACCUGUAAAACAAGCAGGUCAUAAUUUAAACAUCGAAUUUGACUAUAGAUUCACAUUAUACAUGAAGGACCCACUGAGCACAACGCAAAUGAGCUUUAACAUUUCCAAAGAGGCAAUGGUGAUUCUUCCGGCGGCCCAAGUAGAAUCAGUUACACCGGGUCCAAAUGAGAUUUGUUUCGAUGUUCAAGGCGAUUAUUUCAAUGAUAUCUACUGGGAUUGGCCUGUCGUAUGGCAUUUUAAUGUAAAAAGUGAAUCGUGUGAAACUGUCAAUUUCAUAGAAAAGAAUUGUAAUCCUCUCGGGAUUUUGUAUCCGAGGAUCAAUACUUUCAAGUGUUGUCUGGGCCAACUUCAAGGAUAUCGAAAAUAUAAAAUUAAUUUUAGUCGAAAAUUUAAAGACUCUUCGUUUAGCCAUUGGGCUAAUACAACUAUCUCCAAUCAAACCACAUGCGAUAUACCUUCCAAACCGCCAGAUAUGAAGGGCAAUUGGUUUGAAUAUGAUGGCAAUACAUUGAGGCUCUAUUGGGUCCAUCUGCACGAAGAUCAACAAAAUUGUAACAAUGUAACAUACGAAAUCACAGUGGAUGAUAAAAGCAUUAAAGCAGAUUAUAUUGAUCAACAUUCGGCCUAUAUAAUGGAUUGGCAAGAGAAUCGGAGUCACAACAUCAAAGUCAGGAGUAAAAAUAUUAUGGGACUCUCGGUGAAUGGGAGCAUGGUGUCAGUGCCCAAGCUAUCGGAUGAAUCUAUGAGGGGACAACUUAAAGUCGUAUAUAAUAAGUCAUCUCAUAUAGCAACGUGGACAUUCAAUGAUCAACGGCUGAACUCAACGGAUUUGAAAGGCUUCACCAUUUUAUGGUGUCAUCUGGGUAUUGACAAUGCCAGAUGCGAGGCAACCAAACGUAUUGAGUCUAUUGAGGUUGGUCGCACGGAAUAUAGUUAUAACUUUUGGCCAUCGGAGGGUCCGCGCGGAAUCACUGUCGGCGUUUUGGCAAAUUUCGAAAAUCCAGCAAAAAGUGGUGGAUUGUAUUGGGAUACAAAACCACCCGAGACGCCGAGUAAACCAUUUUCGAUUAUUCCCUAUCUAAUGGCAAGUGCCCUAUCACUGACAUUUGCCAGCUCAGGCUAUUAUGCAUAUAACAAAUUGAAGAAGCGGGCCCAAAUCAGCGUCGAUAUACAACAAGACUUGGAAACUCCAGUAGCCGAAUGGUUAAGGGCUAACUGCGACAAUCAAUCAAAUGGAACAUUAAACAUUCUAAGCAGUUUAUGUCGGGUGAUAUGGCUGAAAACAUUUGCCAACUUGAGAAUUAGAGAAGCGUUUACAGGGAACAAUAGGGAAAAUGAAGAAUUGAUAGCCAGCGUUAAGCCAAUUGCAGUAGUAAAGAAUGAAACGACGGAUGCUCUUGAGAUGAAGGCGAAUCCAGUCUCAGAUCCAAAUAAUCAAAGUGAGACGACUCCCGAUUCUAAUAGUUUUCAUGAUCAUGAUGAUCCACCAAACAAUUCAAGUCCACUGCCUGUUCCUUGUAUGUUGGUAGAUUCGAAUAAUUAUGUUGACAAUCGAAGUGGAAUGCAAGGUCUGGGUGCAUAUCAUCAAAGUGGUCUCCCAGUUCAGCAUGCAAACAAUUCAAGUGGAGUGAUAGUUUGUGAGAUGAAUCCUGAUUCUAAUAAUUCUGGUGACCCAUCAAAUAAUCCAAGUCCAGCGCCAGUUCCUGGGAUAAUGGUAACUUCGAAUAAUUAUGUUGACAAUCGAAGUGGAAUGCUAGAUCCGAGUGCAAAUAAUCGAAAUGGAGUGCCAGUUCGUAAUGUUUACCCACCAAAUAAUCAAAAUGGAGUGCCAGUUCGUAAUGUUAACCCACCAAAUAGUCAAAGUGGAGUGCCAGUUCGUAAUGUUAACCCACCAAAUAGUCAAAGUGGAUUAGUAGCUGGUUUUAGUGGUUAUGUUGACCCGUCAACCCUUUCUACUGGGAGAAGUUGAAUCCAUUUUGGGCGCUAUUAUUAACUAAAUCGCAUAUUGUUUAAUUUAAGUUUACAAUAAAUGUGAAAAUGUUUUUAUUUCAA